CACCUGUCCUAGAAUUUGACUAUCUCAUCUGUGGAGACUGUGGCAAAGAAUUCAUGGACUCCUACCUUAUGCAGCACUUUGAUUGGGCAACAUGUGAUAAUUGCAGAGAUGUUGAAGAUAAACAUAAGCUUAUUACAAGGACAGAAGCAAAAGAAGAGUAUCUCCUUAAAGACUGUGACUUAGACAAGAGGGAACCAGUGCUCAGAUUCAUUGUGAAGAAAAACCCUCAUAAUUCACGAUGGGGUGAAAUGAAACUUUAUUUAAAACUACAGGUAAUCCAGCGUUCACUGGAAGUGUGGGGUAGUGAAGAAUCACUGCAAGAAGCAAAGGAGCUACGCCGUGACAGCAGAGAGAAGAUGAAACAGAAGAAGUUUGAUAAGAAAGUUAAAGAACUCCGCCGCGCUGUGAGGAGUAGCUUGUGGAAGAAACAAACCAGUAUCCACGAACAUGAGUAUGGACCAGAAGAAAACAUUGAUGAAGAUACAUUUAAAAAGACAUGCACUGUAUGUGGCCAUGAAUUAACUUACGAGAAGAUGUAGUGCUAAUCUGGGGGUUGUUUAAUUUCAUUUUAUUUUUAAUAGUAUUUUGUAUCAAAGUCAAAUAAAUGAUAAUUAUGAACAAGCUGUUGCCAA